UCAAGUCUCGCCUGCCCGGCAGAGGCAGCAGCACUCCAAUCUGGAUAUUCAAGCUCGGUGCCCGACUCGGGGCUGAAUUCGUCUUCGGAUCUCAUAUGCCUAUUCAAGACGAGGAUCAGGAUCGUCGACCGGGCCCGUCAAGCUGUGCCUCCGCCGCCGACAGCGACAGGUUCACUGCGACCCAGAGGGGCUUGGCAACGCCGACCGAGCUUGAGCCGAGCCUGGGUUGCACAAAUAAACCUGCUCCGUUUCUUUGCGGGGAGAAACUGGGCCGCGUGAUUGGCUCGCCGCGCUUCCCCGCACCCCAUCCGCCAUCGUCUCGGCAGCCGUAGAGGUGUCGCUGGGAGUCACCCUGAAAAAAAUCCUGCUCGCGUGAUGUCACACUAAAACGUUUUAUGAGAUCCGAUUGAUAUUCAAUUUCUCCUGCUGAUGG